UAUAUAUAUAUAGGGAUAAUAUGUUUUUAAUCUCCACAGUUCACAGAUGCUUUUAAGUAUUGACAUCGAUCUCAACUCAGUUUAUAUAUCUUGUGAAGAAAAAAUGGGAUAAUGGCUAAAAACGAGCGACAUCUCAAUACUUAAAUUUCAUAAUAAUUCAUUUUUUGCGGAACCAAAACAUUAAUUUUUCUUUAAAUCAAAUAGUAAACUGACUGAUUUUAAUGAUAUUCCUAUAUGUAUGGUGAUUGACGGGUGACCGACGACCGUGAGAGUUAGUUCCUGCUUUUGUAAUGUAUAAUUAAUAAUUUGUUUGGUAAUUUUUCAAGAAAACGAGAGAAAUGGCUACAGAUAAAGCUGUGGUAUUCCCGGAAGAUUUCUUGCUCGGGACAGGAUCCAGUGCAUACCAAGUCGAAGGAGCGUGGGCUGCGGACGGUAAAACCCCAAGUAUUUGGGAUGAGUUUUUCAAUAAUGGACAAAGAGUAAAACACGAUGACUAUGUUUGCCCACACUAUUCUGUAUUCAAAGAAAUUCAGUAUGGAGUCGAAAAGGCAACCGAUCAGCCAAUCUUAAAUACAAUUAAACGUAAGCUAGUUAAAAUAGAAGACGUUUUCAAAGGAUUUCAAUAUUUCAAAAAGGAAAAGACACCUUAUGAGUUGGUUUCUGCGCCCACGUACACCAAAGAGGAUGGUGGCAUGAUUGCGUGCGAUUCAUAUAAUAAAACAGACAUAGAUGUUAAACUUCUGAAGGAUCUUGGUGUUCAGGUGUAUAGGUUUUCAUUAAGCUGGCCAAGACUGUUACCAAAUGGAGAUGAUAAAGUAUCCAAUGAGAAGGGAAUAGAAUAUUACAAAAACCUAAUACAAAAACUACUCGAUAACGACAUCGAACCUGUGGUGACUAUUUAUCAUUGGGAUCUACCUGAAGCUCUUCAAAAACUAGGUGGAUGGGCAAACACAAAUAUUGUUAGAUAUUUUACAAACUAUUGUAAUUUCGUGUUCCAAACGUUUGGUGAUAAAGUAACAUAUUGGUCUACAAUCAACGAGCCGAGGUUGGUAGCCGGAGCUUACGGUGGUUCCAAAUCGGCUCCAGCAUUGGGCGAUGACUACAGCGGUAUUGCAGAUUAUAUGGUUAUACAUAAUUUGCUGCUCGCUCAUGCUUACGCAUACAAAUUGUACAACGACAAGUACAGAGAAAAACAACAAGGUGAAAUCAGUUUAUGUUUGGAUGCUAUUUGGUUUUUCCCUGCUGAUCCAGACGAUGAAAAAGACAAAGAAGCCGCUGAACUUGCAUUUCAAUCAUUUGUUGGCAUAUUUAUUCAGCCUCUUUUGACCGGUGACUACCCGGACGCAGUUGUUAAAUCAAUAAUCCAAACUAAUGAACGGGAAAAAAUAAAUAUAUGGCGAAUAAUUCAGUUUACAGAAAACGAAAAAGAAAUUCUCAAAGGUGCUUAUGAUUUUAUUGCGUUCAAUUAUUAUUUUUCAUUGUACGCGAAACCAAUGUCUCAAGAAAGUUUUGAAGAUAGCUCUAUCUCAUUGAAAACAAAAGAUAUUGGAGUUGACAUUCUUGGAUUCCAAGACACUCAUGAUCCAGAAGAUACACGAGAAGGUUUUAGGAACUUGCUCAAUUGGUUCGAUGAAAAGUUAAAUCAUCCGAAAAUCUUCAUAAGUGAAAAUGGAUUUCCUGAACCCGCAGGCGAGGACAGAUCCUUGGAGAAAAAACAAUUUCAUUAUGAUAUUUUAAACGAGGUGGACCAAGCGUUAAAAAGAAAAAUCAAAGUUUUCGGAUAUUGCGUGUGGUCUUUUAUGGACUCUUUAGAAUGGAGUGACGGAUACAAAACUAAAUACGGUAUCUAUGGGGUGAAUUUUGAUGAUGAGUCGAGACCUCGCUAUAAAAAAGAAAAGAUUUUUACUUUUUUCGAACAACUAUUCAAAACAAAAACAUUACCGUCGCCUGAGGUUGAAUAAUACGAAAUGAAUUUGUGUAAACCAUUUUUAUAUAGGUACUUUUAUUUACAGGGAUGUCAGCUAUAAAAUUGUAAAUUGUAAUUAAUAUUUAUUGGGAAUCUAAAUUAAUAAUUAUUAUUUUGUAUAAUACACAUAAAUCUGUUAAAAAGUUUUCAUAAGAACUUAUAUAAAAGUUUCUGUAUAACUGUCAUUUGUUAGAACUUUUUUUUUAUUCUUUAAUUACUGUUAUAAAAUGAAACUUUUUAAUAAAAUUUCGGACCGUGCUAUUUUUAAUUAAAAUAUAUAUUUUGCUCCAUUAAUAAAUU